CGCGUUAAGUGGGGUACAACUGUAUAUGGGAAAAUCUCUGCAUAUCUGGCCACUUGCAUCACCUACCAUACCUCUGUGUCACCUACCAUGCAUCUGUAUCUCCUACUAAGAUGCUUCAUUCUUUGCCUGCAGUGUUGCUGGACCAGAUAACCACAAAAUUGGCACGAACAACUAAGCAGGGAGGUUACAUGCAGUGGCGGCCUGUGAGUUACCUUAGUUCAGACCGGGAUAUUAACUUGUCCACUGACCCAAACAUUGAUGGCAACUUUACUUCACUGACGGAAAUCUUUAUUGCCCUGGAAGAGUCUUUGGCCUAUGCAGUGUUUGGGGAUAAAUUGGAAUCAGCAAUGACUGCCCAGACAAAAGUUUCUUUUGGCCAGAAGGACAAAUUUUAUGCUGCAAAUAACUACACCACAUGGUAAGAAAGUUAUAAUUUGUUUGUUAAAAAACUAAGAGCUUAAUCCUUAAAUAUCAGCUCUCAUCAGUGUAAGUUUACCCUCUCGUGCAUGCAAUAAGUGACCACAAUGAAGGUCAUAUGGGACCAAUUCACAUGAGGUCUGGUCAUCAUAUUUGUGCGACCAAUUUAUCCCACAAUAUUUUUCUUUUUGAAUGAUU